AUGUCGGACCUCGGGGACUGGUUCAGGAGCAUCCCGCUCAUCACCCGCUCCUGGUUCGCUGCCUCCAUCGCUGUCCCCUUCAUUGGGAAACUAGGACUGAUUGACUUCAGGAACCUCAUGCUGUUUCCAGAGCUGGUCUUAAGCAGGUUUCAUCUCUGGAGACCAGUGACUGCCACCUUGUAUUUCCCAAUAAGUCCUAACACUGGGUUUCUGUACCUGGUCAACCUGUAUUUCCUCUACCACUACUCCAGUCGGCUAGAGACAGGGGCGUUUGAUGGCAGACCGGCAGACUAUAUCUUCAUGCUCUUCUUCAACUGGAUCUGCAUUGUUAUAACUGGGCUGCUGAUGAACAUGCAGCUGCUGAUGAUCCCACUGAUCAUGUCGGUGCUCUACGUCUGGGCUCAGUUCAACAAAGACACGGUUGUGUCCUUCUGGUUCGGAACGAGAUUCAAGGCACAUUAUCUACCUUGGGUCAUCCUGGCCUUCAACUUCAUCAUCGGAGGCUCGUUUGUGAAUGAACUGACAGGAAACCUGGUGGGUCACCUCUACUUCUUCCUCAUGUUCAAAUACCCCAUGGACCUGGGAGGACGCGCCCUCCUCUCCACACCAGACUUCUUGUAUCGGUUCUUCCCUAACAGGAGGGGAGGGGUGUCGGGCUUUGGAGUCCCUCCCAGCAGACCAGCUGCCCAGGAGCAGGGAGGAGCAGGAGCAGGAGGAGGAGGAGGAGGAGGAGGAGGAGGUGGAGGAAUAUUAAGAGGACGUCACCAGUGGGGCCAAGGCUUCCGCCUGGGGGAUGAAUGAGCGGAGACGAGAGGAGAGAGAGCUACGCCCCCCCCUCCCCUCCCCUCCCCUUUUCCUCCCAAUAACAUAUGGCGUUGCAGUUGAUGUUUCAGGUUAAAGUGCUUGCUUCUUCUCAUUCUUCCGUUGACUUAAACUCACAUUCAUGUUUAAGUUUUAACGGAUUCAACGGGAUGAGAUUUGAUGAAGCUCGUAUUUUAACCGAGACAGCUCCGCACAGCAGGACUCCGACUCUGCCCAGUUCACCAAGUACAGCCAGCUCUACUAUUACUACUACUGCGGAUGUGCCCAUGUGAAGCACAUAUAUGAAUAAAUCAAUUUUUUUUUUAAUCCCCUUUCCUUCUUCCUUUCUAACCUCUUCUUUGCCCCCCACCCCACCCCCACCCCCACCCCCACCCUUCCUCCACACCCUGUCAUCGGACUUUCAAGACGAGAGAUGUUGCAGCUGCACACCAGCAUGCUGUUGAUUUUGACUCAUGUGUUCCUGUCCUCCCUCCCUCCCUCCUUCCUUUUCUCUCUCUCUCUCUGAUGCCAUAUCAGAUUACAUUGUAAUUACCACCACACUGGGAGGGUGCUCUCAGCAGAACAUGGGCAGAGCUAUUUAGAGAGCACUGUUUCCAGGUCUGAUUUUACAUGGGUGUAAAAUGUUUUUUUAAGACCUGAUCUCCCUCCGUCUUAAGAUCUGAUCUGAACCGAAGAUAAGGUGAAGAUGGGAUUUUGCUCUUUUUGUAAAUAUAACAGUUGUUUAUUGAAAGGAUGAGCGAGUCUGAGAGUGUGAUUAUCGUCUAUCCAUGUUUCCUUAAUGCAGAUUUUCUUCUCUCGAGUCGGGAGAGCUCAGCCAAUCAUGUGCCAGUGUGGCUGGUUGAGAAUCACUGUGACUAUACAUGUACAAUAUACAAUUAGGGCUGACACCAGUUAUUAUUUUUUCAUUAUCAAUUAAUCUGCCAAUUAAUUUUUUUGUCAUGAAUCAAACAUUGUUCUAUAAAUGUCAGAAAAUGG